UUUCUGGAUCAUAAUUUAUCGAAUCUUUUUCUCAUAUGGGGGUUUCAAAUUUAUGGGGAAUUUUGCAAAGUUGUGGAAAUCCUAUCAAACCUGAAUCAUUGGAGGGAAAAAUUUUGGCCAUAGACAUAAGUAUAUGGUUGCACCAAGCCCUUCAUGGAUAUGUCAAUACCAGUUUAUCAAAUAAUAAACCUCAUUUACAUCUCAUUAUUAAUAGAAUAUUCAAACUUUUACAUUACAAAAUAAAGCCAGUUUUUGUCUUUGAUGGUGGAGUACCUGUUUUGAAAAGACGCACAAUGCUAACUAGGCAAGAGAAGCGUAAUAAUGCCUCAGUUGACAUUGAUAAACUAAAUAGGCAGAUAGUCAAAAAUAAACUCUGGGAAGAUAUACUUAAAAAAUAUAUGGGUAUUGAGAACAAUUUGUCUAAAAAUAAUAUAAAAAUCGAAGAUAAAGACAUUUUUGAAUUGCCUUAUAAUGAAUCACCAAAUGCCAUUAGUGAUAAAGAUAUUGAAUGGGAAAAAAGAAAACAUAACAUAAUCCAAGCCAUAAACCAUUUAUCUCAGUCAGAUAAUAUUGAUAUUGACUCAAAAUCUUUUAAAAUAUUGCCUAAGGGCAUUCAACAUGAAAUACUUCAAGAACUUCAAUACAGUAAUAAACAUCCUACUUUAGAAAAGUUGAUUGAUCUAACAGAUAAAAUCCAAGAAUUUUCUGAUUUCCAAAUAAAUCGACUUGUGAAACGUAGUCAAGUUACUGAUAGGAUAGAAAAUCUGAAUCGUCAAAUGAAUGUGGAAUACAUAUCCAAAAUCACGUCUUCAAACCCGAUGAAUUCCAACGAUAAAAACUACGUUAUGAAUAAUUCGCUGUCCUUGGAAGAACUCUCGAACGCCGAAAUACAAAGGAUGGCCUCGGACGAAACGGUUCAUUAUGUGCUAGUUAGGAGGAAAAACGUCAACGUUCACGCUGAUAGGAUUAAUUUACCUGAUAAAAACAGGCUAGGAUAUACUUCAAAGCCCGAGUCAAAAGAUGAUCAAAAUGAAGCCACGAUGUUUGAUAUUGAUGAUGAUGACGAAUACAUCUGCCAGAUAAAUGAAAUGAUUGAACAAUCUAAAACAAGUACAAAUUAUGUGGUCACCAAUAAUCUUUUGCUUGAUGUACAGGAGAAUGGAGUACAAUUUGCAGACGUGGCAAAUGAUUAUAAAGACAACAAAAUAAUGGGGGAAGAAAUGGGUGACUCAAUUUUGAAACUCGAACAAACUAGACUACUUCUAAAUCAUAGAAUUUUUGAAGCCAAUACCUCGGCUGUGGAUUCUUUGAGUGAAAUCGAUGCCAAUAUUUUGCCCUUGGAAUUUAAAGGAAAUCACCAUCCCAAACACAAUCCCAGUUCAAAGGAUCGAGAGUUCGUUGGAGGAAAUAAUAUCGAAUAUAGUAAAAAAAAUAUGGCCUCAAAGAAUCUUUCCCACAAAAAUUAUUUCUCCAAAUCAAGCAAAAGAAAAAAACGCGAGGCGGUGGCAAAAAAUCAGUAUUCACCUAUCAAUCAAUUGCGUCAUAAAUACUCUAGCCGUACUCCCUCGAAAUUCAGCUAUUUUAGCCUCAAAAGCAUUAAAAGGAAAAUAAUUAUGGGGCGAAUCAAAAAAGUACCCAGUAAAAUCCACGAGAAGAGGAAAGGAUAUGUGCCACGACCCACGUUUCUAAAAGUCGAUUCAAAUAAGUUAUCCAUUGACAUUAACCGAAACGAUAAAAUCGCUAAUGGAAACGUUAAUUUCUGGCCUGAAGCGCCUCUAAUCACGCCACUUUCGCUUAAUAUGACUCAAUCCCACAACGCAAAAUUAUAUGAUGAUUCAACCUUGAAAACAAUUGCGAAAUAUAACCUUACACCCCCAGAGGAUGUAUUCGAAAACAAUUCAAUCUUGAAGGAAAUUAAAAACAAAUUGGAACGACAGCACGUCGAGGCUUUGGAUGAUGUUCAGACUCUGAACAUCGAAAGAGCCAAGUUGGAAAGAUAUUCGAAAACUCUGACCCAAGUUAUUUACCAGGAAACUCAAGAGCUUUUGAAAAUCCUGGGAGUUCCCUGGGUCGUUGCCCCGAUGGAAGCCGAAGCUCAGUGCGCUUAUAUGGACAUAACUGGUCUAACCCACGGCACCAUAACGGACGAUAGUGACGUUUUUCUUUUCGGGGCUCGCAGAGUGUACAGGAACUUUUAUGCGACCAGUCUCAACAAGGGGCUCGAGUUUUAUUCGAGCCAAGAUAUGGAAAGGAAAUUGGGUUUAGACAGACAAAAACUAAUUAUGAUAGCGAUGAUGGUUGGUUCAGACUAUACCCCCGGUAUUAAAGGGGUAGGUCCUGUCAUGGCACUAGAAAUUUUAUCGGAAUUCCAGAUUCACACUUUCCAAGAUUUCAUUGACUUCAAAAAAUGGUUGGACUCAUCCAGACAUCAUCUAAGCUCCCUACACAAAUCUCUCAAAAUAAAAUCCCCUCUACUUCCGGCCUCUUUAGAAUCUCCUUUGAAACGCAAAUUGCUGGAUAAAAACAUUUAUUUUCCCGACGAAUUUCCCGAACCACUUGUUUUCGAGGCUUACAUGAACCCAUCCUUGGAAACCAGCCAAGAAGGUUUUACCUGGGGCCAUCUUAACGCCAUUUGGGGAGUCAAAAUGGAUGGAUCGACUAAAUUAGAUAAAGGUUUGAAUAACGAAGUGGGGACUGACGCAACGACGGGAAAUAAGGUUUACCUCGAUUUGCUAAACUUUGUCAAGAAACAUAUAAAUUGGGAUGCCAACAAACUUGAUUCAUAUUUAAAUCCGCUUAGAAAACGAUUGGCGCUAGAAAAGAAUAAAAUCCAACACACUAUCGACGAAUACUACACGCCCGUUUAUAACGAUACUUGUUACGAUGCGAAUAUACCAGAAAAUAAAACAAUGCCAAACAAAAGAAUUUUAAAGGCUCUCACAAAAUUGAGGGCAAAAAACAAGGCCGAAGAGCCCGAUAAAAAGGAAUUAAAUCGCAAAAAAAUCACCAAGAAAUCGGCAGUUAAACGGGCGACGGGACAAGAACCUGGAGUUAAAAAUCUCGCGAAGAAUAAAGCUAAAACUGGGGGCUCCGACCCCGAUAAGCCCGUAACCUGUCGCCCAAGAAAUAAGGGGAAGAAAAAAAAAUUGAAAUUUUCCAAUCCGGCUCUGGCAAAUGAUUUUGCCCUGAACCUUUCGGAGGAGUCCUCGUGAACUUAUGGAGUAUUUUGAACGAAGAUACGAUUUUUUUUACUCUUUCGCCUUUAUCUAAGUCAAUGACAUAUAAUACAACCUAGGCUGACGUUUCAUCCAUUUAAAUGUGUAUCAAUACAAAUCAGAUGGUGGCAACGUCAUUUUUGUUUCAUUAAAAUUUUAAUGUCGUGUUACCAGCUAAUUUUUAUUUAGCCACCCUUCAAAAUGCAUUUUAAUGAGUGAAUCAGUUUAAGUAAGUAUUAUAUGUCUAAGUCUGUAUUAUCGUUAAUUAUUGAUGAUAAAUUGGAUUAUUUCAUGGCUGAAUACAAUCAUUCUAAAAAAAAAUUUUAAAUAUUACCUGUCAGAAUUUUUAAUCAAAACCAUCAGGGUUAUAUUGUAU